AUGUCAACGGGAAGUGCCGCUGCUAAAAAGCUCUCUGUUGAGGAGAGACUUUCUCUUGCAGCCCGCGGAAAGACGCGCAAAAAGGGCAAGAGACUUGACUCCCCAUCUCCCGCAGCACCUGUGCUCGAAUCGGAGGCUGGAAACGAAAAUUUGAGUCCAGCAGAAGCACAAGACGCCCUUGCUACUUCAAAUCAGACUCCUAAGCAAUCUGGCGAGCUUCAGCGCUCCCAAUUGGAUUCUGGAUUUCUGCAGGAACUCGCAGAAAUAUUGCCUACACAUUAUCAUGAACUUUCUGUUGAAGAUUUGUUGAUAGCUUUGCGACCUCAUCUGAAAAUGUCCGAGUCGCGUACUAAAGACACCAGCUUGGCCAAAUUGAUCAAGGAAAAGGACUCCAUCAUUGCUGAUCUUCGCAAAGAGGGCGAAAAUCUGUCUAAACUCGAACUGCGACACAACAAUACCAUCAAGGGACUUCGGGAUAAAUUGAAGGCCUCAGAAUAUGAUAUCGAAAGGAGUAGAGAGGAUACGGAACGCAGGAAAAGUGAAUACAACUCGUUGUCCCAAGAGUUGGAAUUCAUGGAAACAGCGCAUAAGGAAGCUAAUGAAAAGCUCGCCGAAGCUCUCAAGGAAAGAGAUGAAAUUAGAGCCAGAAAUGAUGCACUUGAGAGGGGCCAAUUAUCAGAAUUACAGGAGCAAGUUAGUGUUGAUCAAAAGACCAUAAAAUCUCUGGAAUCGCAGCUGCAAAGGGCGCGGGAUCAAUUGGAAACAAUGACUUUGAAAGCAGAUAUGAAAUACCGAGGUCUAGAAGAAACGUCUCAGGGAGAAAUAGGCCGCCUUGAGACCAUUUUGGAAGAGACAAGGAUAAAACUAAGUCAUUUCUCUACUAAACCAGAACAGCUGGCAGAUUCACGGCAAUUGGCUGAAAAGCACGAGCAGCUCGAAAAAGAGUUCGAAAACAGUCGUCAAAAUUGGUACAAACUCGAAGCUUCUCUUCGCCAGGAAUUGUAUGAUGCUGAGAAUAGUUUACGCGAGUCCACCAAAUCAAAUACCCAUACCAACGAGAGCCUCAAUGCAGCUCAUGAAGAAAUUGCCAGUUUGAAGUCCAAGAUCGAAGCCUUGAGAACGAACGAAGACGCGCUGAACAAAGAUUUGAAAAAACUCCAUGUCGAGAUCGAAGAGUUGAGGAAUUUGUUAACUAACGCUCAAGAUGAAGUAAAGCUCUGGCAGGAGAAAUACAGGAUUCGGAAGUCAGAACUCGACACUGUCUUACAAAACCCCGGCGCUCGAGAUGACCUGCGCGUCAAAUCAGAGACAGACCAUCCGGACAGAGAGGUGACUCCAACGAACCUUGAAGAUCUCGACAAAGUGUCCAAUUGGGAACUUCAAAACUUGCAGACACUUGAUAUAUCUUGCAAUGAAAACAACGGCUCUGUCAGUAUCAAGUCUCAAUAUGACUUGGAUGAACUGUUACCCAAUGAGGAGCUCGAUUUAUCUAACUCCUUGAGAAAGAGCAGCAUGACAUCGCUCGACUACACUCCGUCAAGACAGCUGAAUAAUACUGCUCAAGAUCAACAAGUUACCCAGUUAAAUGCCCAAAUGAUUGGCAGGCUUGGAAGUCAGAUAAGAAGGCUCGAAACAGAGCUCGCAUCGUUACAAGAGUCUCAUGAGAAAUUGGUAAAGGAAAAGCAGACCGUAAAUGACACAAUAUUCAGACUGAUGGAAGAAAACGAACGCUUUGCAGAGGUCAAGAACCAGCUCGAAGAAUCCUCUGAGCACGGAGCUGAAUUAGAAAACAGGUUGAACGAGACGACGCGACUUUUAGCAGAACGCACGGAGAGGGUCGAGGAAUUAGAAAAUGAUGUUGAUGAUCUAAAGGAAUUGAUGCAAAUGCAGGUACAGCAGCUAGUGGAACUCCAAGAGCUAGUCAGGUGA